CUCGGACUCGGAGCUCCGCAACAUGUGAUCGAGGGGACGCUGAAUUUAGAAGGAGGGAGGACGCUUCAACGCUUCAUUGACAUCAGUGACAUCAGUAGUGAAGGCCUGCCAGCGCAGUUCGCCGCAGUGCUUUCUGUCAUCAGCAGGAGGCGAUGAUGCAAAAGAAUGAAGACGGCCUCUGGAUUGAAGCGAUGGCCUUCAGCUCGAAGGUAUCAUUGGCGUGCAGCCUCUCAAGGUGUUGCGCUGUUCGCUGCUGUCUUCUUUAUGUGCCUUCUAUUUUCAGAGCGCGGCAUCAGUGACGAGCACGUGGAAGGCAGGACUGACGAGGAAAAGGAAGGCUCCUGGAUUCUGAGGAGAAAGCUGGGUCCAGAGCAGGGAGACAGCAUCGAGGGAAGGGUAAAUGCAGGUUCGCUUGAGCUACCAAAGAUAACUCUACGUGCGCUUGCGUCCCGGGAAGAGAUACAAAAAGAGGUCAAAGCAGCCGAAGCACAGCUUGAAACCAGGGAGCAGGGAGCUGGUUCGGAUCCUAGCAAGAAUCCUAUCUUAAGAGGGAACUUCGAUCUUAAACGCUUUCCUAUAGACCAUGCUGUCCUAGCUAAGAAGCUCACCCUGCAACAGAACUCAAAGGUAGAGCAUAUUCCGAAUGAAAAGACGGAAGCUGAACCAUCAGAUAUUCCACUUCGGCAAUUCAAGUUGCCGAGUAAGGAGCAAGGCAAUCUGGUACCAUAUACUCAAGGAGCCGAGCCUGCCCUAGGAACGACCACCAGUCUCACCACUUUACCAGAAGUGAGGCCCCCGGAGAAGGAAGUGUCAAACUGCAAGCUUUGCCCAGCUCCGGUCAUACCCCAAUUCUGCAGCUAUGCGCCCCACCCGUUGGCCCCUUUAGACAGUCUUCUAAAGCUAGACCAGGGCAUCGUCUCCCGCUUCUCUUGGAGCUCUCAAGCUCUGGCAGCUCUGGACCCAGCUACAGCGUCUCAAGCGCCAUUUGAACCCCCUCCUGAGGAAGUCAGGAGCACAGUCAGCCAGCUCCUGGACCAGUGGCAGAGUCCAAAGUCGAGCUGCGGAAUUUGGACGCGGGACUGUGUGCGAAGACAUCUGUCUGGUGAACACCUCCCAAACGUUCCCACAGGGCCAGAGCGCUGCUUUGUGGAUGGGCGGUUCCCUGUGGGGAAGGACACAGAGCAGGUGUUACAGCUGUUUCCAGACCUAAAAGAGGGCGUCUUUGGCAGCUGCGCUGUGGUGGCAGUCAGCCACAAUCUGCUAGGGAAGGGGAGGGGGCCUGAAAUUGAUGCGCAUGACACUGUGUUCAGAUUUAACGCCCCUCAGGAGGGCUUUCGAAAGGACGUUGGCGCACGGUCCACCAUCCUUUACUGGAAGGGGCGGGGUCGUGAGCACGCGUACGGGCAGGAAGGGCAGACUGCCGAGUGGUUCUACAUGUUUCGAGAGUACCCCAAGGCCAAGUUUUUCAAGCUUGCCACUGCCGGCGAGCAGCGCAAGCUCAAGUUCCGGAGGAAGCAGGCCCUGUGGACCAGCGGUCUGCCGUGGGAGGUUGGCCACCAGAUUUACGAGCCGUUGAGAAAGCUCGACCCCCUGGUGAAGAUGAGCAACGGUUUCGAGAUAGUUCUGGGUGUGAUUUCGAGCGGUCUGUGCAGUAGGGUUGACCUUUAUGGGUUCAGUGCUCAGGGCAACGGAAAGUACUUCGUAGACGUCGAGAGCAAGAACCUGGGGGCGCAGAUGUUGUUCAAGCAUGUUGCAGGCCUAGAACACUGGGUGUACAGGGAAGCAAUGGCGCGCGGGAUGCUGUGCAUAUAUGAUUGACGCGGAAGAUGUGCUUGAUUGUCUGAGU